AUGAGGUCAUGUGACAGACUCACCCUUGAGACUGUCGGCGAAUCACGGGACCAGGGCACAAGCCCUGACAACCACAACUCGCUAAGCGACACCACCCCAGAUCCCAGAGCAACUUCGAUACGCCCAGCGACGACGACAACGACAACCAGCCCUUCAACGGAAUCGCCAGCGAAGGGUACCUCCAGCUUCGGAAAGCGCCACAACAAGACUCACACUCUUUGCCGGCGUUGUGGCCGCCGCUCCUUCCACGUCCAGAAGUCGACUUGUGCCAACUGCGGUUACCCUGCCGCUAAGACUCGCAAGUUCAACUGGAGCGAGAAGGCCAAGCGCAGAAAGACCACCGGCUCCGGCAGAAUGCGUCACCUCAAGGAGGUCCACCGCCGCUUCCACAACGGCUUCCAGGUCGGCACCCCCAAGGGCGCUCGUGGUCCCGAGAACCACUAG